CUACUGCUGCUGCUGCUGUUGUUGUUGUUGUUGGUGCAAGGACGAGUGACGUCCUUCGAAAAAGGCGCAACAAUUUACCCCGCGCAACAAGGUGUUUGUCGGGGGGUGGCGGGAAAAUCAAUAAAUAGCAAAGAGCAAGUGCAUACACAAGCGCUAUUUCCCGUUGUGUAUGUAUGUAUGUCUUUGGGCAGCCAGCUGCAAAAUAGAACAGCCAGCUAAGCUAAGUUAAACAAAGAAAUUUGGUCCUAAUAUGGACAACGCGGGCGAGGACAGCGACAAUGACGUGGUCACCGAUUUCCUGAACUCCAACUGCUGCGAAUCCACGGUGGAGUCGGUGGUUAAUGGUAGCCGGGGCGCCUCCGUCGAGAGCCAGAACUACUGCAUACCCGUAAUCAACGCACCUGCGCCCGCUGCAGUUGCUCCCACAGCCACUCCUCCCGCCAGCAGCAGCAUCAUCAACAACAACAACAUGAUACCCACCAUCAAUGUGACGCCGCACAGCCCCGCGCAGGCCUCCAAGUACAACAACAUAUUCGAGGACACGCUCAGCCAGCUGCAGAGCAUCCGGGAGACGGUGGUCCAGAUGAAGAACUCCUCCUCGCCCAGCCAGCACACGCAGGACGGCGGCCUGGGCAACCAUGGAGUGCUCAAUGCAGCCGCUCUAAGCACCUCGCUACCCGAUCUCACGGGAGCGGGCACAGGCGCCUCCUCCUCCUCCUCUGGUGGCGGCGCCAACUACGUCAUGUGGUCGUCCACGGCACCGCAGCAGUGCCUGCUCCUGCACACCGAUCGCCGGAAGUCCUGGACGGCGGUGGACGAAGGCGGCGGUGGCGGCGACUGCACCAACAAGAGCGUAAGCCUGUCCAGCUUGGACAGUGAGGAGCAGGAGACCAUACGCGUCACCGAGCAGCGACGGAGGUCGGCCAGAAACAGCACUGGAGGCAUUUCCACUCACUCGCUAAACGAGGCGGAGCUGGCCCGUGACUUCGAGAGGAUUGCGGCCAAACGGAGCCUCGCGACGGAGAUCAUCAGCCGAAUACCGCUGCAGAAGAGCAUAUCGACGAGCUCCAUUAUCGCCAAGGAGGACAUCAAGGCGAUCGCACGCCACCUCACGGACAGCGAGGAUGAAAACCAAAGCCUGUUGCGGGCCCACGCAAAGAUCGAGGUCUACGACAACGUAGAGAAGCGUCCGAAGCGCGGUUCCAUAUUCUUUCGCAAGAAGAAGCCCAAGGCCAAGACGAAGUCCCUGGUGGGAGGACAACUGAGUGCUUGCGACGUUUGCGGGGCGGCCAUCACACUGGCGCAGAUUAAGGAGCAUCACCUGGAGUGCAAGGUGAAGAAGAUGGCGGGCGGGCAGGACUUUUACGACGGCCCCGAUGCGAACACCUUUAGCAACCCAGAGGAGCCGCUCAUCCGCUCGGACCUGCAGUUUCUCAACGAACCGCCCAUCGAAGCGCAGGAUUUGGGAGCCGAUCCCGCUUUGGGAAUCGUUUUGAAAGAACACGACUCCUGGACGCCGAAUAUUCCCCGGGAGCUGCUCAAAACGCUCAAGGAACUGCAAAUCAAGCGGCAGGAGCAUAUCUACGAGUUCAUUAUGACCGAGAAGCACCACUGUCAGACGCUGAUCGUCAUGCAGAAGGUUUUCGUGGAGAGUCUGGAGCGGCACUUCCCCUCCCUGAACCUCAACAGCAUGUUUCCGCGCCUGCAGCAGCUCACCGAUCUGCACACCUGCUUCCUGCGCCAGCUGCGACUCAAGCAGCGCGAGCAGCCCAUGGUGGACAGCAUUGCGGACAUCCUGCUGGACUUCUUCUCGCUGGAGCAGGCCCAAUGCCUGCGGUUGGCCUACGGCGAGUUCUGCGCCAACCACCGCAGCGCUUUGGACCAGUUCAAGCUCUGCCUGACCGAGCCGAGCUUCGCCGAGUGGUACAAGCACUGUCUGCAGAAUCCGUUGCUCAAGAAGAAGGGCAUCCCGGAGUGCAUCUUGUUUGUCACCCAGCGCCUCACGAAAUAUCCCCUGCUAAUCGAACCGCUGCUGAAGAGUGCGAGGGACAACAAGCUGGAGACGGACAAGCUGCAGCAUGCCCUGAAUCUGGUCAAGUCCCUCCUAGUCGAUGUGGAUGCCUGUGUGGCGGAGAAGGAGUUGCGCGAGCGACAGCUGGAGAUUUACGGUCGCGUGGAUGCCAAAUCCUUUGCCAUCUACAAGAACAAGCCCUUCCGCAAAACGGAGCUCGGCGUGGAGUCGCGACGUCGCCUGAAGUUCGAUGGAUUGGCCACCCUCAUGCAGGGCAGGGCCAAGACGCAGCUGGUCCUGGUGGUGGUCCUCACCGACUGCCUGUGCUUUCUCAGCGAGAACUCGGGGCACAACAAGUACUCGUUCUUUACGCCGGAACACAAGGCCGGUGUGGUUCCACUCCAGAAACUUCUCAUCCGCGAAAAGGCGGGCACCGAAUCCCGCGGAAUAUACAUCAUAUCCUCCAACCCCGACUUUCCCGAGAUGUACGAGCUGAAAGUGCAGACGCCGAAGGACAAGAAUACCUGGAUUCAAACCAUUCGUCAGGCUGUGCUCGACUGUCCAGCCACGGACAUCAUCGAGGCGGAGGAUCUGACGGCCGAGGAGAAGCUGCGAAUAGGCGUGAACAAGAGGGAAACCAUCGAGAAGAUGCGGCAGAAGGAUAUUGAACAGGCGCUGCUGCUGGAGGAGAAGCUGAUGCUGCAGUUCAAUCUUCUUAAAGAGCAACAGCCCUUUGGCGAUGUGCCAGGCGGCAAUUCGAAUGGCAGUGCGGCCAACUUCCUGGCAGCCUUCGGUUCCUACAAGGAUCUCGUAAGCGCCGAUUGCGAUACAACUGAGCUGUGGCGCAGAGUACUAAACACAGUGCAGGACAUCAGCCAACUGGCUUCUACAAUUUACACGGCGGCCACGGGUCAACCGGUGUCCCGAACGCUGAGCAGCGUGGGCGAGAAGCAGAGCGAGCAGUACGCCUCGCCCACUUUGCCCAAGCGGGCGGAAACCUUUGCCGGCUUCGACGAGAAACGCGGCAAGCUGGCCGCCAAGCUGGUGCUAACGCCAAGGCUGCAGGAACUGGAGGAGAAGCGAGAACCAAAGGCGGUCAAUCAGCCGGAGCUGGAGAACAAUUACGCGGUGCUCCAGGUGUCGCACCAUCUGCAGACUCUGCUGUGCAUCAUCUCCCAGCAGAUGACCAGCAUCCACAACCUGCAACUCCAGUUGGCUUUGUACCGCGAGAGUCCCCGCUCGAGUGCCUACACGCACAAGGAUCAACUGGAGGAGCUGCGCAAUUUGCAGGACAAGCAGCAGGAGGAGAAGACCGCCUGGCAGCGCCAGCAGAAGCAGCAGCAAGAGGAGCUCGCCGAGAUGCGGGCCCAGCAGCUGCAGUUGCAAAAGCAGAUCAAAGCGGAGCAGGAGGAUGUGCGUCAGCAGCGUGAACAGCUGUACAGGAAGAUGGAACUCCUGUCCAGUCAGGGCCUCUUGCUUUCGCCCAGCACUCCACUGCCCAUUGUCAACACCAAUCAUCCGCCACCCGUCAGUCUGCUGGACGACAACCAUGAGACGGACAAUGGAUUGAGUGGAACGCCCAGUGUGACUGGCACCGUGGAUCGGCGCAAGGAGCGGUGGCUGAGCGGGCCCUCCAACUGCAAGACGCCGCCUGUAAACCUGCUCAGUGCUAAUAAUGCACCCAAGGCCAACGCCACGCUGGUUAAACAGAAGUUGCCCAUGAAGCUCUCUUCGCUGUCGUCGACUGGUAACUCCAGCCCCCGCGUGGACAAGUCGGCUAGCUUCAAUAGCGCCUCUCCGGCACCCUACAACUCCUCCUCAUCCUCCUCCGGCAGUGUGCAGCAGAUGUUUCCGCUUAAGCUGGCUGAUCGGAGGAUAGCCACGCCCUCGACUCCCGCGGGAAUAGUGCCGCAGCACUCGCGAACGGGAAGCUCGCCGGCGAUCAUCCAGCAGACAACGACAGCGGCGGCCACUCCCACUCAGAAUCCCGCAGUAACCCGAGCAGAAUCCGCAGUCCACUAUUCACGGACACCGACGAGCAGCCGGACGGGAAUCGCAAGAACUGUCGCAGCUCCGCGAGCAAAGCCCGAGGAAGAGGAGAUCUACUUCUGACGCCAGUUCACGCCGGAAGUCGAAAUCUAAAUGUUGAAUCAUUUAUAUCUAAAAUUCCUUGAACCUGAACUUCUUAAAAAAAGUAAUUCGAUCCAAAAGAAAAACAGUAGCUGGAAAUGUUCAUCCAUAUCUGUUGACCUGUACUUAAACCAUUCCAAACUCUACAAUGCAUUUUUCCAUACUGCCCUUUUUAGGCUCAACAUCGCAUAUAUUUAUCUUAUCUUUAGUUUAAGCAAACGUACUGUACUUAAUGGUAUUCUUCGCAGACUCGCUACCGUUCCAAUGCAUCUCAAACUGUUCAGUAAUUUAUUUUACCAAUUAUUUAUUAACAAUUAUUUAUAUAUUUUUUAAAUGCAAUUAUCUUCAGACAAAAGCUAAACUACAUUAAGUGUGAUUGUUUUCUAACGAAUUUUACUUCUUCCAAUAAAGAAACCUAUUAAAUAUUUAUGAUAUAACCAAAUCGGAUUAGGGUUAGGAACAUACAUAUAUUACAAACGAAAAUAUAUAUGUUUAAAUAUAAAUAUGUAAUCGCAAGUAACGACAUUCCAAGUAUUUCAUUUUAAAUCUGUUUUCGCGUUUCUGUGCUUUUCAAGUUACGCUUAAAUAACUUUUUACUCUUUGUACAUAAGUUUUUAUAACUUGGUGUAUUUUACAUUUCCAAUCCUCGCUAAAAGUGAAUUGAGUGGACCUUGAAACUGAUCCUUGACCUUUUCAUCUCAUUGCAAUAUAAUAAGCUCGCUCCAAUAAAUGUUUAAAAUUAUAAAAUGUA